CUCACAGCCAGCCGGCCCGCCGCCGGAGACUCGCACAACGCCACCCAGCCCCAGCGGCACGGGGGACACCACGGACAGCGGGAGAGCGAGGCCGUGACGGGUCCCGACUACGAGGAGGAUGAGGAGUACGAGGAGGCGAUGCCCGUCCACCAGUACCUCGUGGAGGACUUGGUCCGAGUUGAACCUGUGGUCAAACCCAAGCCAACAAAGAGGGGGGGUGAGAAGAACGGUGGCAAAUCAAGAAGGAAGAAAAACAAAGGGAAAAACAAAAAGAAAGGGACUCCCUGUGAAAUGGAAUACAAAAACUUUUGCAUCCAUGGUGAAUGCGUAUACCUAGAACAUCUUCAGAUGGUGACCUGCAAGUGUCAUCAGGAUUUUUUUGGUGAGCGCUGUGGUGAACAGUUCAUGAAGACUCAAAAGAAGAAUGAUGUGGCAGACUACUCGAAGACUGUGUUGGUCGUGGUAGCUGUCCUGCUCUCGAGCAUCAGCUUCAUUACUGUACUUAUCAUAGUGAUAGUGCAGGUCAGGAAAAAGUGUCCUCAGUAUGAUGAGAAAGAAGAAAGGAAAAAACUUCGACAAGAAAACAGAAAUGGCCAUGUUGGUGUGUAAAUGAGGAGAAAGCAGAACAAUUCUGAUGUGGCCACUGCCAAGCUGCAGGGUACCUCUGGCUACCUGACACAUCCACCUGGACACUGUGGGCUGGAGCUGUUACCACUAAGCCCUGAUUCAUCAAGACAGAGGCUGCUGCAAGGAGAUGUCAACAUGCCACUUGCUACUGAAUCGCUUGCUGGGGAGGACAGUUACUGCUACAUCUUGGCACAAUGAUGUGGAAGGAGCUGCCGCUGUGGGGUGGAGGACCUGCCAUCAAGACCUGCUAGAGACUACUGCUACUGGGCCCUCUCUAUCGGUGCUGGAGCUCCAGUCUCUGCUGUGCUGUGGAUGGACUUUCUUCUGUCAACAAGUCUCCUCUAGCAGCUCUAACCUGAAGGGAGAGAGCUUGUUGCGGCUUUCAGGAAUGGAUGGAGGGAAGAAAAAUCCCUUCCCUCUCCCAAAGUUAAAAAGGGAAAAGCUCUGGAUGGCUUCUCUCCCUAGACCCCAGUGGAUGAAAAACCUCAUUCUGCUGUCACUGUGCUCCCUGUUGAUAUCAGCUUCAAAGAACUUCAUCUCUAGUUCUGACUUGCAGGGCGUUGGUGACAGAUCUUUGUCAGCCACACCUGGGUUCUGUUACUGUAUGUGUGGAAAGUAAUACCUCUGAAUUGAGUAGGACUCGUUGUGUGAGUGGAGCUAUCCAUUUGCGUGUGUGCUAGCCUGAGUUCAGAUUGGUCUCCUCAGGAUGCUGAGGCAGUAAAUGCAAGUUCUGAAGCUCUGUAACUGAAGGAAAAGAUCCAUGCUCAAACCAGCUGAUAAGCCUGGACCCAUCUGUUAGAAACACAGAGCUGCUUCUGUUACCCAGAUACUUGAUGCUGCUUUAAGCAGCACUUAAAGUAUAGAACGCUUCACAUCAGAUUCAGUCAGUUGAACUUGACCAAGAACCUGUUCCUUCGAAGAAUUAAAUUCAUGCACUGACACUCUGCAAGCAGUGGCCUCUUGUGCUCUGCCUUCUGGCAUGAAGAACUCAACUUACCUCAAACUUUUCCGACCCAAGUGUCCUUGGUUUCUUGAACUGUCCAUGCAGUCUUGAGCACAGAGUAUUAUUUGAGUUCAGUUUCUUCUUGGAAGAGUGAAUGUGUUCUGUAUAAACAGAGCAGAAUUCUUCUGGUAGCAGAGAAACACCAUUAAUUGUCAAGUCCUAUCUGUAAAUGUGUAAAUAUUUAUUACUGUAUUUAAUAUUUAAUGUUUCCAUAACAAACUUAUUUAUUUUAUAAUUAAACUUUUUACAUAACCUAA